UGUGUGUGUGCACUGCAACGUAAUUGUAUAGAUGGAGGCAGAACACCUGUUAUUCCAAGAUGAUGGGGUGUAACAGUUUCCAGCUUGCGCGUGUCGGACUGUCUCUGCAGCAUUUUGCCUACAUGCACGGUGUUUGACCUUCCUUAGUCAGCAAGCAGAGUGUGACUGCGGAGAGAAAAAGAGCGAGAAAGGAGGAGAGGUGGAGAGAGGGAGUGUCUACAGAAAAAUAGAAAGAGAGGGAGUGAGAGUGUGUUAAAGUGGAGUAGUAGCCGAGGGAGUUGUUGCAUUGUGAUUAGUGUGCCUGUGCAGUCUGCACUGUCCUCCCGCUGUAAGACCUGUUCUCUACUGCAUGGGACUCUCCUGGAGCUACAGACUCACAGGGCUGAAGACUGGAUUCUGCCCUUAAACAUCGAUUACUCCUGAAGCACGGGUCCCACCCAGACUGGACUAAAGUGAUCUCCACUCUACGACAAGGCCCGGAUUCUUUUUUUAAAAACUCUUUGUGAAAUGCAUUUUUAAAUAUUUAAUCACACUUCCAGCAGUAGUGAAUCCUCUGGAACAAUGGAUAUAUCAGGCAACCCCCAAGGGUGCUCUGCACGUGCUCCCAGCGGGGGAGACCCGAGGAUUGGGGAGGCUAGAACGGGUGAGGGGAUAAGAAUGGGGGAGAGAGACACCCCGCUCAGGCUGUCACCUUUCCGUAUGCUUCGCAUGCUGGACUCAUGUCGUCCUCCAGGAAACCGUAUCGGUAUCGUACAUGAGAAUGUAAAGAUGGGUUCAGAUGGGGAGAGCGACCAGGCAUCUGGGACGUCUUCAGAUGAGGUCCAGAGUCCAGUCAGGGUCCGCAUGAGGAACAACCACCAUCGGCGCAUCUCCAAUGAGGAUAUAAACAAGCGUCUGUCUCUCCCAGCUGACAUCAGGCUACCGGAGGGCUACUUGGAGAAGUUUGCCAUGAACAGCCCGCCCUUUGACAAACCCAUGAGCCGCAGGCUACGGCGCGCUUCAUUGUCUGAAAUCGGCUUUGGGAAACUUGAGACCUAUAUCAAACUGGACAAACUUGGAGAGGGGACCUAUGCUACAGUGUUUAAGGGGCGAAGCAAGUUAACAGACAACCUAGUAGCUCUGAAAGAAAUCCGACUGGAGCAUGAGGAGGGUGCGCCCUGCACGGCUAUCCGGGAAGUGUCUCUACUGAAAGACUUGAAGCACGCCAAUAUUGUCACUCUUCAUGACAUUAUCCACACUGACAAGUGCCUGACACUCGUGUUUGAGUACCUGGAGAAAGACCUGAAACAGUACAUGGACGACUGUGGUAGCAUCAUGAGUGUCCACAACGUCAAGAUAUUCCUAUUCCAGCUGCUACGUGGUCUGGCUUACUGCCACAGAAGAAAGGUCCUCCAUAGAGACCUCAAACCCCAAAACCUGCUCAUCAAUGAAAAAGGAGAGCUCAAACUGGCAGACUUUGGUUUGGCACGAGCAAAAUCUGUUCCCACAAAGACCUACUCCAAUGAAGUUGUGACAUUAUGGUACCGACCACCAGAUGUGCUUCUAGGCUCCACUGAGUACUCUACACCCAUUGAUAUGUGGGGUGUGGGCUGCAUCUUUUAUGAAAUGAUCACUGGCAGACCUCUCUUCCCUGGGUCGACUGUGGAGGAUGAACUUCACCUCAUAUUCCGCAUCCUCGGCACUCCUACAGAAGAGACUUGGCCUGGUAUCACCACCAGUGAAGAGUUUAAGACGUACAAUUUCCCCCAAUACCACGCGGAGCCCCUCGUCAACCAUGCACCCAGGAUAGACAACGAUGGUCACGACCUGCUCUCAAUGCUUCUGCAGUUUGAGGCUAAGAAGCGGGUAUCAGCCGAGGACGCUCUGAGACACUCGUAUUUCAAAUGUUUCGGGGAUCAAGUUCAAACACUGGCCGACACUGCAUCCAUCUUCUCUGUAAAAGGCAUUCAGCUGCAGAAAGAUCCAGGAAAGAGAUCCUCAGUCUACCCAGAGUCAACGAUGGCCCAUAAGCUAGGCUCCGCACCCUCGCAGUACUUCCAGAGAGAAGCAGCCAAUCCCAGGGCUCAGAGUCACAAUCUCUCCUCCACUUCCACUGGCUGAGUGGCCCCUACCAUUCUGCCCAGGGGAAGAGCAGGAGGCAGAGUGUGUUGUUUUAGUGCUGGCGGGGGCGCUGAGGUGAGGAGGACAGAGACACGUGGAGCUGUCCUGUCAGACAUACAUUCACUGACCCUGCCACACACACACUGAAGGAGCGACACACACCCUGCCACAUAAAACACACACACACACAAACAGAAGAAGAAAACACACACACACACACACACACACCCACACACACAAACACACACACACACACACACGCACACAAACAGCAACAUGGAAACAAAUCCACACAGAAUUUAGGUUGAAGAAUUCGUACUUGACAGUAAAAAAUAAUAGAGACUCAGCUCAGCCCUAAAGACAGGAAGAAAUGAAACUGAGAGAAUGCGGAGAUGCUGGAAGAAAAGUGGGAGAAUGCAAGAUUCUCCUUGCUGCUACUACCGCCGCUGUCCAGAAGAGGGCAGCGUUUAGGACGUGGGCUGACUGGGUUUUUGAACAGAACUUGCUGCAUCAGUGAGCUGUGAGGAAGGAGGAGUGAGAAAUUAUUCAAAGGCAAAGAAAGAGAGAGGAAUCUGUCACUUUCUCUUGCGCUUUUCUUUUUUUUUUUUUUCUUUUUUGUUGUUGUUCGGACUGUUGUACAUAAAGAGACUGAGCUGUAGAACUCUGCUUUUUCAUAACACGCCUCAGCCUGAAUCCAAACUCUAAAUAUUGCACCUCAACCCUAAAACCCUCGCCUAACCUCUUGGCCCUUUAUUACAUGAUCUUUAAAGCAACACACACACAAACACACAAUCUCUCUCUCUCUCUCUCUCUCUCUCUCUCUCUCUCUCUCUUUUUCUCUCUCUUAUUCUCUCUAUAUCUCUUAAAUACACACACAAAAACACACACUUAUGAUUCACUUGAAAGUUAAGAGUGUGUAGUUCAAUGGAGUUUACAGAGAUAAACUUUAGCACCUUAUUGUCCAGUAGAGGUCAGGGUGGCUGUUAUCAUGUUACCUCAUCAGUCACUUAAGCAGAGUACACUGUAGGAUGUAAAGUACAUGCUAGAUGUUAGAAUGAAGAAGAAUCAACAUAACAAACCAAAAAAAACAAAAGAAAAACAGCAUUUCACUAACAAUAUAGGACAAAUGCUUCUACCUUCACAGAUGGAAUUUGACUGUAGUACGCUACAGUUACUCACAAACCAGUAGUAGACAAUAAUUGCAUUAGUUUCAUGCUCACAUGCUGUAAAGAACACCAUGCUGCAAGAUGCUCCUGUUUCAGUACACAAGAAAGACAACUUGUAAGGACAGAGAGGUAAAGGAGGAGUACAAAUCCUCACCUGCUUUUUCUUAGACACGCCCUUUCCUCUUUUGCCUUGACUCAGAAGUUGUCUUGAUUUGUUGUGUGAUGUACAGGUGUUGAUGUUGAAACGUUCUCUUUGCACCUGAUUUUACCUCUUCAGACCAUAACCCCAAACCUCUCCCGCCCAACUCCACAUGCAUUUAUUUUUACUCUUUUUAAUUUUUUUUUCUUUCAAUCUGUAUAUACGAUCCUACUUUUUACUUGUCAGAAGCAAUGAUAAUUCCAGGAUGCUGUUCUCAGUCUUUACUGUGUUCCCACCGGAAGAGUGUGGCGACUGGCUGGGGACGUGUUGCACAUUCCUUGAGCUCAGGACUUAUUGCUAGUGUCGUUUUGUGGAUGCUGCGAGGUACAGCUGGUCCCAUAUGUCUCCCCCUAGUAGAGCAGAGUGUCGAACAUGGCCUGAAACCCUUUUUUUGCAAAGCUGGUUCAAACUCUACAUGAAGGAGAGGAAGAAUUUCUCAGCAUCAACCUGUCGUGUCAUUCAUAAUCUGUUAAUUUGACCAUAAUAUUGGUGUUCAGUGACUACCUUACCCAUGUCUUUACUUGUCUUCAAGCAUGUUUGUUUGUGUAUUAAACACUCAGUUGGUAUGUGAAAUAGCUGCUGCUGGAAAGGAAAUACCUCCAGUUGGUUCAAAUUGUGCAUGGGACAUGAUCUUAUUACAUGAUUUUAUUUUUUACCACAUUAACCUGUAAUGGCUCCUCAAUAUGUCUGGAGACUGAAUACAAUGAAGACACAGUAUUCAGCAACAAAAUCAUGUGCUGCCAGCAUUGGGACCAGAUAGUUUGUGCGACAAACCUGACUCGCCUUGAAGGUGUAUAGUACAGUUCUAACUGUUGCAUAGCCUGUGUAACUGGGCACUAACAUCUCGGAGUAUUUAGCAGGACUUGAAGCACUCGGACACACUGUUGUUUCCUGCUGAUAUUGUCACAGGCUGCCAGAAACAACAGGACCAAAGUCGAUCCUCCAAGCACCAAGUGUUCAAGCACACAACUGUUUCACACACCAACAAGUUGACAUGUCAACAUGUACUGUAUCUUAUAAGAGAUGGCCUGUGAGCGUAGUUUGGAGUUUCCUGUUCCUCAGGCAACGACCUCGGGUCACUUCUGCAUCUUUCUCUGAAUCGGAUUCACAAAGGGUGAAGUGAUCCCACGUUUUGCCUGUCAGAAGGACUACUUAUUUACCCAGAGUGUGACAGUAUGUAGCAUGUACAUAGAUGAUCCCUCACUCUGUAUAUACAAACGUGUACAGGUUUGAUACAGCUAUUCACACUCUGGCUUUUUUUUUUUGCUUUUCCUUAAAGAAAGUUAUAGCAAUAUUUCUGUAAUCAAUAAAAAGCCAAGGUAAUAGGAAGAGUAUGAUUGCAUUUGUGUUUCUUUAGAGAGGGAGAAAUGACUGUGAAUGAUAUGAUCAAACUGUGAGACUUGACUAAAGUGAUGACAGGUUUUUUUUUCCUUUUUUUCCUUUUUUUUUUCUUUUCUUGCUGUUUUACAUGCUGGAUCCAAAAGGCUGGAGUGAAGUAUCAUGUUGCAAAGGAGUAUAACACACUGAUUACUUUUGAUUUUUAUCAAUGAAAGCCAUAAAGGUCAUAAAGGUGACAAAAGGUCUGUUUGUGUGCGAGGGGUGUGUACCAUGUUUGA